CCACCUGAGAACACAGAAGAAACCACGGGUGUGAUUUACCACAUGCAGACGAUGCAGCCAGAUUCAGACACAAACCGACCCCAUAAAUACAGAGACAGCAGUCGAUGUGACCAAGUACUGGCGCUGUGGAUAAUCAUGUGUCUUUUGACAGAACCGAACAGUCUGCACCAGCAAAACACAGGACGAGGCUGGAACUGGGAGGCAAAACAACAGCGUCUCUAUCAUCUUCUCUGGCCCUGAAGGAGACGACACAUGUAAUACACCGUCCUCAUUUUCCUCCUGUAUCUGUUACGCUUAAACACACAGUCCGCUUUCACAUGCAGCAGCUCAAACUUGGGGGGUUUGAAAGGACAGAUUUGGAGUCUGUUCCUGGAAUGGAUCGUAAUGGAGCGUACAGUAAAAGUGGAAUGUGGAGUAUUUAGGUUGAUGAGCUGCACAAGCCUAAACUCAGGAACGUCUCUGUAAAACACACACACGCUACAUUCCUGCUUUAAGCACCAGGUUUAAAACCAUUAGCACCUGAGACUCUCGCACCAGCUGGCCCCAGGACAGUCUCCAAACGGAACAACCAGGAAUCAAAGACGAACAAAGCGCUGAGAGACGCACUUCACCCAUCAGAACCAUUACAUCCUGAGACAAACCAGUGGAUUACUGCAUUCCUGCAGCAGGAAUAGCUUCAGAGCAGAACAGUGGAUUCAAUCUCCGACCUGAUGAGUGGUAUGUUGUCCGGGGUGCAGCACAGCACAGGGCCCCGCUGCAACGGCAGCUGCUCCUCACACGACUCAUUAUAGAGCCUGAAAGCACACGAGAACAUAGCGCUUUUAGAUCCCUCCCCACUGAGAGUCACAUCAGUGGCUUAUGAAGGAUUUCUCAUUUCUAAUUUGUCGCAGAAGGCAGGAAACUCACAUAUUUUCUGAUGGACGUUCUCUUACGUAAUGCAGGAGGAAGGACCACCUGCUGAGACCAGGAGAACCACAGGAAGAUACUGACUAUUAGACAAAUGGAUGGACCCAUGCAGUGAUUUCAGCGCAGUCUCGCCUCAACACAACUGUGAUAAACGUGCGAACUCCUACCUUCCACUAAUGAAGUGAAGCUCGCGAGGAGGCAGACACUGGGCAUGCCCAACCCGGGGAGGAGGAGGAAGAGGAGGAGGAAGAGGAGGAGGAGGAUGGCAAAGACAGAGAGAGAGAGAGUUGAAGACACCCAGACGAGGAGCUGUCCAUUUCACAGCAUCGCUCUCUCUCCCCCCCUGACGCCCCCCCCUCCCGCCCCGCCGCUCUCCCUCCGCACGACACUCACGCACACGCCGGGAGCUGCGGGAGGCGGAUAGAUGCGGACCGCAGUGCCGCUGGCGCAGCAGACGCCGAUGCAACAGCCUCUCACGAAGACGAGCCCCGCCGCUGCCCACGUAACCGCGCGGCUCGCGGCGCGUGGACUCCUCGCGGUGCCUGUCGCGUCGGCGGAGCGAUGACUGGCGCAUUCUCGGCGCCGCUGCAUCGGAUGCUCGCGCGGCAAGUGAGCGCACUGCAUCACGCGCAGCCGGACCUGUAGGCGCCGGCUGCCGGAGGAAAGGUCACGCACCCCCACGGACGCCGCUGUCACUGGCGCAUCCGCGCGUGCCGCCCACUGCCCGCGCGCCGCGGCUCCGCUCAAGUUUUGUCCUUGGCUGCAAAAGUUGGCGCCGGAGUGUUUUCUCCUUUAAGGUAUGAAGAAUACGGAGCUAUCGGAGGCGUCCCACCGGCAUGUUUGUCCUCUGGCCGUUCAUCCUGUGUGUCCCUGCGCUGCACACAGAGCCUCUGGGAGGGAGAAGCAAGACUAUCUAAAAAUAAACUGACACCAACCACCAGCAGAAAAACAAUAACAAUAAGAAGAAACACCAGCCAGGCCGAGAAAUCGAAGAGGAAAACAAUAAGAAUAAAAGAUCCUGUUUGUCUCGCUCUCGGCCCGUUCCCGCCUCUUUCUGCUCCAGUUCUGCUUCUCCGGCCUCAUUAGUUGCAGUGAGCAGGUCAUGUCCCAGUCUGGAAAAGUCCUUCAUCUGUAUGUGGAAGUGAGGUCUGCCCCAGAUCAGAAUGGAGGGAACAGGGCCUUUGCUGAACGCGAGGAAGGGAUUGCUCAGGGACUCUUGGUUCAGGACAGCCCCGCGGAGCUCCUGUCUCAGCUAGCGAGCCAGGCCUCCUGUCAGACUGCCGGCAGGGCGUCGGCGCCGCACCAUCUGGUCCAGGACGGCGCCCAGAGCCGGCCUCUUCCCCCGAACGCCGUGGGCUUUCAGCUCCAGCCAGCCAGCAGCCCGCCGCCGGCGAGCAAGCCCCGGGGCCCCGCGGGCGACGGCGGCGCCGCCGUGCGCUGUCCCCCGGCGCCCUCGGGAAAGGUCGGUGUCCCGCACACGCCCCCCAACUGCCAGACGUUGAGGCAGGAGGAGGGCGGCGGCGGGACGCGCUCCGUGGUCACCUUCAGUUACAUCGAGAAGUCAAAUGUCAAGACCGUGGACAGCCUGCGCAACGACAGCCUUCGGAAGCGCCUCAGUGACCCGGUCUGGCUCGGGAGUCCCUCCUCAUGCAGCUCCAGUCCCAAGAUGAACUUUUGGUCGCCAGGAAAUCACCAGCAGACGUUCUCCCCGAGCUUUCGGCAGCCGCCCAUAGAUCCCAUUGGCAGGGCAGCUACUCAGAGGGCCGUGGAGGAGUUCGGCUCCCCUUUACUGAGGAUUAAACUCGCCCACGCUCUAGAGCACGCCUCCUCGCCGUACAACGGACAGCAGCGCUGCCAGUCCUGGGCCGGGUCGCCCGUUCAGCGUCAGAACAUCAGCAAAAGCGUCGCAGACGGGAGCCGGGCUCCGAGCGGCCAGCCGCGGGGUCCGGCUGCGGCCCAGAGUCCGUCUCACCGGUCGGCGGAGGACGGAUCGGUGGCAGGAAGCCCAGCUAGCAAAAGACAACUGCACAGGGUUUGUCACCGGAGCAGCUCCCCACAAAGAGCAGUCCUCCAACUUGGCAAUAAUGUAGUUGAGGGCUUGAACCAGCUAAGUGACAGUAAAUCCUCCUCUCCUGCCCUCAGCCCCGAUGCCGCGCGCAAGCUAGCUCAGGACGCUAGCGGAGCGUCGUGCGCUUUCACCGAGGCAAAAGGGUCCUCGCUGCACAAGAUCCUAAACGAGCAGACGAGCCGCUCCGGAGACUCUCACCAACCCCCACCCAGCGCCCAGCAGUCCAAACUCAGCGUUAAGAUGAACAUCCCUUUAAAUGAGCAAAACACGCCGGCGUCCGAUGACGCAGACUUUCACCAGCGCGACGACUCUCGUUCACACAAAACAAACUUCCCCGACAGGGACACACACAGGGAGGAGUGCCUUCAGAAAUCCCAGCUCCAGAGCUCGGGUUUAACAGGUGCUCAGGGCUCCCCCGCCCUCCCCUCACGCGUACUCCGCCCCCCCCAUCCUCCAACCGAGUCCAGCUCCCCCCUGAGGGACCCCAGGCUAUUCCAAGCUGAUCUCCGAGCUCCAGCCACUCCCACCCUGCACCGGCGUCAGCCCCCACAGUACACCGGAGACUCCUGGUCGCCGAGCCUGGACAGGAGGGGAGACCUGAGCUGCUUUGAGAAGGAGGAGUUCACCGAGGUCGCUCGUAGGCUUUUCAUCAAUCAAAGUGUCGAGGAGUCACCAGUGAGCUGGACGGAGCAGUGGGGGAUUCAUGUGGAGAACACCUCGAGGCCAAGCCCAAAACGCGCAUGUGGAUCCAGUCAUCAGUCUAAUCCGCGUCGAAGGCCGCUCAGCCCCACGACGCAGCAGAAACGGGCCGAGCAGCGGAGGAGGGAGAUCCUGCUGCUGGGGCCGGUGGCGCUGGACUCUGCAGAGGAGGAUGAGGGCUGCGAUGAGGAGGAGCGCGAGGACGGGGCGGAGGCGCUCGGCGCAGAGCAGCAGCCGCGGAUGCGGAUGGCCGACGACGCUGCGGAGGUGGAGCAGAACGGCGCGAUGGGGGGGUCGUCGUCGCGCAGCUCCAGCGGAGUGACGGGCAGCUUGGGGGAGAGGGACUGCGUGUCCCCAGAGACCAGUCAGUCCAGUCACCACAGCAACGAGACCGGAGCCGCCACGUCAGGAAUACAGACGGACAGCGGCACUGCAGUGCCUCUACCCUCGCUCCACUGCCAGAGAAUCGCACGUGCUAAGUGGGAGUUUCUGUUUGGGACCCCUGCUGAGGAGGCUGCUGGCAGGGGAGAGAAAAGCUCUCUGGGAACCUCCACAGCGCCUCCUAGUGGAAACUCCAGCGAGUCUCCCACCCCAACCCCGCCUUCGUCACUGCCUUUGCUUUCGGCCAAUCACGAGGUGCAGCAGGUGGAGGUAGAGCUCGUGACCCCUCCUCCAGCAGUUAUGGGUACAUCGCCCAAAACCGGCAUCAUUCGCCGGACACUGAAGUAUUCAGAAACCGACCUGGACGCCGUCCCGCUGCGCUGCUACCGCGAGACGGACAUAGACGAGGUCCUCCUGGCCGAGCAGGACGACGCGGACUCGGCUUUCGGGAGCAACCGCAGCGUCCAGGGCACCUCUGGGACAGGCAGCAGCCCUCUGGGAGGCCUCGCGUAUGGGAGGACGGAUGGGGAGGAGAGAGAGGGGGGGAGAGGGGAGGAGGAGGACGGCGAAGAGGAUGAAGAGGAGGAUGAGGAGGAAAUUGUGAGCUGGGCCAGUGUGAGGAUGCAGGGAGACAGCAGGAAGCAGCAGUACGCAGCUCAGGAGGAGCCAGAGGUGUUUGGACACCUCCUGAGGAGACCGAUGGAAACAUUUUUCGACAACCACCACCCAGCCCUGAAAUCCCCCAUCGUGGUGUCGGGGCCUCGCUGCGCCACAGAGGACACCUUCAGCCGCCACUUCGAGAGCAUCAUGGAGUCCCACCGAGCCAAGGGGACGUCGUACAACAGCCUGGACAGCGAGGAGCUGCUCACGUCCAGCGUCCACACCGUCCUGACGUUCGACCUGCCCACGCUGACGCCCGCCAUCCACGGGCCCGUCUGCCACAGCGCCAGGCAGAUCGUGCAGCUCAGCUUCGCCCCGCUGGCACACGACGAGAGGCCCAGUCUCUCGGACUCUGUCUUUACCGUGGCCGGGGACUCGGACGCCACCAGGGCCCCCUCCAGCGAGCGCCUGAGCAGCGGGUCGGAGGGGACGCCGCCCAGAGGACGGGUCUGCUCGCAGCUGGGUAGCAGCUGGAACAGCAACCCCUCCUUCUCUUUACCAAGCAGGGACAAGGCCCGUCUGGCGACAGACUCGGAGCUGGACCAGGACCUCAGCGAGCGUCUGGGCCUGAGCAGCAGCGACACCCUCACCAACGGCAGCCGCCGCGCCGACGUGGCCGCCGCCAAGCGCCUCGCCAAGCGCCUCUUCAACCUGGACGGCUUCCGGAAGUCGGACGUGGCGCGUCACCUCAGCAAGAAUAAUGACUUCAGCCACAUGGUAGCUGAGGAGUAUCUGAGUUUCUUCAACUUCACCGGUCUCACGCUUGACCAGGCUUUACGGACCUUCCUCAGGCAGUUUGCCCUCGUGGGGGAGACUCAGGAGAGGGAGAGGGUGCUGUCACACUUCUCUAGGCAUUACUGGGCCUGCAACUCCAAAGUCAUGCCGUCGGAGGAUGCAGCUCACACGCUCACCUGUGCCCUCAUGCUUCUGAACACAGAUCUACACGGUCAGAACAUUGGCAAGAGGAUGUCGUGUACACAGUUCAUUGGCAACCUGGAAGGACUGAACGAUGGCCAAGAUUUUCCCAAGGAUCUGCUCAAAGCGCUCUACAACUCGAUCAAGAAUCAGAAGCUGCAAUGGACACUCGAUGAGGAGGAGCUGCGGAAGUCCUUCUCGGAGCUCGGGGACAGCCUGUGUGAGUCCAACACCUCCAGGUCCAUGAAGAGGGAGGGCAGCAGCGGGAAGCUGCUGUCUGACGCCACGCAGCCGUCGGGAACGCUGCUGUACAAGAACGGAUUCCUGGUCCGCAAAGUUCACGCCGACUCGGACGGCAAGAGAACACCGAGAGGAAAGAGAGGCUGGAAAACCUUCUACGCCAUCCUUAAAGGGCUCAUACUCUAUCUGCAAAAAGGGGAAUACAGGCCUGAUAAGCAGCUGUCCGACGAGGACCUGAAGAACGCCGUGUCCAUCCACCACUCUCUGGCCAUGAAAGCGUCGGACUACAGCAAGCGGCCCAACGUUUUCUACCUGCGGACCGCUGACUGGAGGGUCUACCUCUUCCAGGCACCCAAUGCGGAGCAGAUGCAGUCCUGGAUCACACGGAUCAACACGGUGGCCGCCAUGUUCUCGUCUCCUCCCUUCCCGGCCGCAAUCGGCUCUCAGAAGAAGUUCAGCCGCCCGCUGCUGCCGGGGACCAUGUCCAAGCUGCCGGAGGAGGAACAGAUCAGGUCCCACGAGGCUCGAUUCCGAGCCAUCUCCACCGAACUGGCCGAGCUGCGCUCCUAUCCCCCUGACCGCAAGGUCAAAGGUCGCGAGCUGGAGGAGUACCGCCAGCGAGACGAGUAUCUGGAGUUUGAGAAAACGCGCUACGGCACCUACGUGAUGCUGCUGCGAGCCAAGAUCCGGAGCGGCGAGGAGGACCUGUCCGUGUUCGAGUCCCAGCUCCUGGAGGACAACGGGCUGCAGAGGGCCCACUCCAGCCCCACGCUGCAGGACAGCAGCCAGGCCAGCAGCACCCGGGACGGGGGCGGCAGCAGCAAAGCCAGCGGCUGCAGCAGCAAGCUCCGGCAGGAGGGCCAGAGACACAGCUACCGGCAGGCUGUGAAGAAGUGAGGGGGGGCGGGGGCGCCGGGAGCGGCACGGCGCCGCGGCGGCGGCACGCUGGCUCCCCGCACAGCUGUUUAUUUGAGAUCCAGGAGGCUUUGGAGCUCUGCUUGACGGGGGGAGGAGGAGCGGGGGUCGAGCCCGCGGCCUCCCCCGCACCCGGCACCCCAGUCUUCUCACAGAGGAUGCGCAGACCCCACCGGCCGCCGCGCCGGCGCAGGGGGUGGGGGCUCCCACGUCUGCGGAGACGAGGUGUCUUUGAGGAGGUGCGCCGGGUGCAGCAGCGGACUGACGUGUGCACCGCGGCAGAGGACGCACACGGGGACCCGCGUCCACCAUCCUUUCCUUUAGGCCCCGCUUCGGUUCUUUCGAGGCACCUCCACGUUCUCCCUCCUUUGUUGCCGAUCGUUGGCUCAGUUUUGGGACCAAACACAUUUACACAUUUUACAGCAUUGCGUUUUACAAGACUGAUGAUUUGAUUUGAGUUGAGUCAACGACAGACUUGCCACCGGGUCGUAAGGAGCCGCUACGGUCCGGCUCCGGUGAUUUCAUCGAUUUUUCUGACAGCACCACAUUCCACACUGGAGCCAGACUUCUCAGCCCUUAGCUCCCGGGCGUUUUUCACUCAGUUGAGCCAGUCGACGACGCAAUGAGACGGAGCAGCUGGGUGCAGCUCGUCUCUGUCGUCACCGAUGUCCAGUUGGAGGCACGGGCAUCAGUGGAGGUUCAGGCUGCUCCUAAUAUGAGCAACAUAACUGCAUCUCUUCAAGAAAAGUCUUUUUAUUGAUAUUAUUUUUAUUUAUUUAUAUAUAUUUUUGCUCUGCUUGAUCAGACGAGCUCCCUCCUUUGGCUUCUGUCCCGUGACGUGCUUCUGUUCUACUUCUUGGCCGAACCUUGUUUUCUCCAGUGAUCCGCAUGCCUGCAUCCAGCUCCGCUUCUUUUAGGGCCUUUUAUGACAAAACUGAGAGCAGGAACAUUCUCCUCUGGGGUCAUUAAUCGUUCUCCUCAUGCCAGUGCCAUACCCCCCACACGCUGAUUUGACACUCACCAGGCAGACCCUGAAUGUUCUUGUUUUUCAGUAUUUUUACAGUAUUUUACAGUCGUACGUUGGUGUUAUUUCUCCUGUGUGUAGGGCCAUGAAACCAGUAAAGGGAAUGUGUACUUCAUAAUUAUACGUUGUAUAUAACUCACCAUCUGCUGUAUGCUUUUACUGUAGGAUAUAUGAAGGUAUAUUUACAAUAUAUACAAAUUGUUGUGAAAAUUAUUUAGUUACACACAAUGUUGGCAUUGUGUACGUCCCAAAAAUAUUAAUUGUGUUUUUUUUCUUCACAUGUUGGUAAUAAAUCAGCACAAUAUGAGUAUUAUAGUAAAGCCAAUAUAACUAUCAAAGAUUAGUAAAUGGUCAGAGGGGGUUGUGGCAGGAUUGAGCUCAGUUCUGUGUUGUGACCUGUGACCUGGUGUGAUGAUGAAACGCCUCAUUUCAGAGGCGUCGCGGACCGGAACGUGUGACUUAGGUAGCCACAAACGCCUCAUAGCAUCACCGAUGUACAGUAUAGCCAUCCUCUACUCAGGCUUCAAAAAAACGAGCAGCUGCAGUGCCAGCGUCCAACCAGCAGGGAGAGCUGUCGACAUCCACACUCACUUUCUCCUCAGCCAUAAGCAACACCUGCUGCACCUGCAGUGAAUAUGCAUGGCACCGCCCCCUCACCCAAGGAGGCGGGUGGAGUGGGGGGAGGGGGGGUUAUUGGCAGGGCUAAAUGAGACAGGAGCUGUUUGUUUAACUAUGGAUGUCAAGUCUGUGUCUGGUCUGAGUAUUGUGUGUGUGCAUGCUGUGGCUGCCGUGGAGCCACUCUUACGUUGUGUGUAGUUUGGGUUUUUGCAUCUUCUCGUGCAGAUGAAUAUUCAGCCUUGUGUUUGCAUCUGUAUUUGCAUUUAAGUAAUGUUUAAAGUCGAAUGCCAACUGAUCCACAGAUCCAGUGUCCGUGUUAUGGUGUUUUCUUUCAUUGGCAAACUAAAGUAAACUCUUUAAUAUUUGGUCUCCUUUUGAAGUGAAACUAUGAAACGCUCUAAGAAAUGAGAAAUGUUUCUGCUUAAAUAAUGAACCCAACACGCCUCUUCUCUACACUUUCUUUGCAUCCACUUCUUCUCUAAUCUCGUGCAGUUUGAUUGGUUUUAAAAGGUUUAUGUAUAUAUUGUUGACAUAACUGUCAUCCUGUCUCGUGUGUGUGUGUGUGUGUGUGUGUGUGUGUGUGUGUGUGUGUGUGUCUUGACAUCGCAGCUGUCUAUUUAUUACUAGAGCUAAAUUAUGCUGUUUAUAAUGUGGCCAAACUGCCACAAAGCAGGUGGACUCAUGUUGUCGAGAAUCUUCAGUUACUGCAUCUUAGAAAUGCCAAUAUUUCAUAAACGCGUCUCAGAUGCUCCAUCUGCUAUAAUGAUACUUUUUGACUUGAAGUAAACCUUUGGUGUUAAAUUCAGUCAUUUAUUUUUUGCAGAGUGGAUGGUUUAGGCAAAAAUCACCUUUAACUGGAGUAUGUGUGCUAAGCAGCAGCAGUCGACACAUAUCAUUAAUGGGACAUAUCUGCAUAUUGUGCUGUUUGGGAGCUUUCAGUCGUAUCACACGAACGUCUGUAACACGCGGAGUUCACCCAUUUCACAUGAAAACUUAGUUAUUCACAUUUUGUUCUGAGCAAUUUAGCAGCAGUUUCAUUUCUUAAGAAAUUUGGUUUUGGUUGAUUUCAAUGGAAACCAACAGGUCUACAUUUUCUUAAGUCUGUCUUCAAACACGGCUCCUCCUGUUAAUGUAGGACUUGAAGAGAUCCUUCAGUAACAUCUUUCUAAUCCUCAGUCCUCCAUCUGUGCAGAAACGUGUUCAACUUUCCAAAUUAGUCACGAUAAGUGGAAAUCUUCCAGCGCUCACGUGAUAAACUUGUGAGACUGAUUAGCUCCAACGCUACUGAAGCCGAACACAGACAAAACUCUACUGUGCAUAUGAUGAUUGCGUUCUGGUGUUUUUUCUGUGCAAAAGACGCUAAGACAGACUUGGAAAAAAAUGUGAACCUGUGCUUUAGUGGGUAAACGAGGGAUGUAGUGUUAAAUGGCUCGUUCCCCUGGUGACGGCUCUGUGAUGCUCGAGUGAAAGUCGCAGAUCACCUCCUAGUGUAGCGUCUUUAAACCGUGCACUCGUACUGUUUCCAUCACAGCCUCAUUUAUGAAUGUGACAUGUAAAUAACGCAUGAAAUAUUAUGACCUGCUUUUGUUUAUAUUAUGUUAGAGAAUUAAAAGAGGGUUACUAUAUACUGUAAGGUAGGUCGACAUCUGAUCCUGUCUUUGAUCUCAUGGUGAUUUAUUUAAUGUGAAUGAAGGAAGCGGCUGUAUUUAUUGCUGUUGUGUUGUAGAAGAGCCAGCUCAUACAAAUCUUUUUACAUGUAGAGGUCUGAUUUGGUCCAGCUCAGUGUUUUUACACUGGCGCAGGUAAGACACUGUCCAUUUUAUGCUGUACACACAGUGAGCUACAUGUGUCACUGCCUUGUUUGAACUCACCAAGGAAACGUUGUUUGUGAGCUUCUCAUUUUGGGAAGCAUAGAAGAUAAAAAUAAAAAGUCUUUUCAAAAGUUAAA